AUGUCUCCCGCCCGGCUCCGGCCCCGACUGCGCUUCUGCCUGGUGCUGCCGCUGCUGCUGCUGCUGCUGCUGUUGCUGCUGCUGAUGCCGCCGGCGGCGCGCGCUUGCGGGCCGGGCCGGGUGGUGGGCAGCCGCCGGCGGCCACCGCGCAAGCUGGUCCCCCUGGCCUAUAAGCAGUUCAGCCCCAACGUGCCCGAGAAGACCCUGGGCGCCAGCGGGCGCUACGAAGGCAAGAUCGCGCGCAGCUCGGAGCGCUUCAAGGAGCUCACCCCCAACUACAACCCCGACAUCAUCUUCAAGGACGAGGAGAACACGGGCGCCGACCGGCUCAUGACCCAGCGCUGCAAGGACCGCCUGAACUCGCUGGCCAUCUCCGUGAUGAACCAGUGGCCCGGCGUGAAGCUGCGAGUGACCGAGGGUUGGGACGAGGACGGUCACCACUCAGAGGAGUCGCUGCACUACGAGGGCCGGGCGGUGGACAUCACCACGUCGGACCGCGACCGCAAUAAGUACGGACUGCUGGCGCGCCUGGCGGUGGAGGCUGGCUUUGACUGGGUGUAUUACGAAUCCAAGGCUCAUGUGCAUUGCUCCGUCAAGUCCGAGCAUUCAGCUGCGGCCAAGACUGGUGGCUGCUUCCCAGCAGAAGCGCAGGUACAGCUGGAGAGUGGGGCCCGCGUGGCCUUGUCAGCGGUGAGGCCCGGAGACCGUGUGCUGGCUAUGGGGGAGGAUGGGAACCCCACCUUCAGCGAUGUGCUCAUUUUCCUGGAUCGUGAGCCAACUCGGCCCAGGGCCUUCCAGGUCAUUGAGACCCAGGACCCACCACGCCGCCUGGCACUCACGCCGGCCCACCUGCUCUUCACUGCCAACAAUCACACAGAGCCAGCAGCUCACUUCCGAGCCACCUUUGCCAGCCAGGUGAAGCCUGGCCAGUAUGUGCUGGUGGUUGGGGUGAUGGGCCUGCAACCUGCCCGAGUGUCCACUGUGUCCACUCACAUAGCCUUGGGGGCCUAUGCCCCACUCACCAGGCACGGGACUUUGGUGGUGGAGGAUGUGGUGGCCUCCUGCUUUGCAGCUGUGGCAGACCACCACCUGGCCCAGCUGGCCUUCUGGCCUCUGCGACUGUUUCCCAGCUUGGUGUGGGGCAGCUGGACCCCAAGUGAGGGUGUACACUGGUAUCCCCAGCUACUCUACCGCCUGGGACGACUCUUGUUAGAAGACAGCAAUUUCCAUUCACUGGGCAUGGCUGGGCCAGGGAGCUGAAAGGGUCCCUGCAUCGCACUCCCGGAACUAACCCACCUGGCUUCCUCGUCAGAGGGCACUGGCCCUGGAAGAGACUUGAGUGGGCUCACUGGCUCCAUCAUUUUCUCCAUCACAGAGAUUUGUCCAGGCAUUCCAGUCCCCCACUGGUCCUGGUAUAGUGAAGGACCCAUGAGAUAAGACUGUGGUGGGGAGAAGGAGCCUACCACCUAGCUCAGAGACAUGGAGGCUGGCAGUGGGGUUCAACACAGCAGAUAUGCACUGAGACUCAUCCAUGCCUCCCCACCAGGGAGGACCCAGUCCAUGUCUUAGUGACCCUCCAUGCUGCCCCAGUAGGUGGGCUCAAACCUCCGUUGAUGCUGCUAGAUUUCCUGGGAGCCAGCAGGGAGCUGGCUGGACUCAGUGUCCGGAACUGA